CCACUGCAGGAGGACCCAGGAGGACCAGGCAGCCAUCUGUCCCCAGGCCACUUACAGGAGGACUGGGGGGUUAUCUGCCCCACAUCCUUGAACCACAAGGGAAGCCAGCAUGGCGGAGGACGAGGGGAGGGGUGGCAGCCUGGCCCUGCGCCCCAAAGGGGGCUACACCAACAAUGGCUUCGUGCAGAGUGAGGACUCCCCAUCAACUGUGGCUCCUGCAGACUGCAGCCUUCCAGUACUGGCCCCCCCAGCAGCUUUGGACCUGGGCCAGCCCUAUGCGGGCAUGCCCAAGGAGGUGCUGCUACAAUUCUCGGGCCGCACCUGCUAUCGGCUGCCUCGUGAGCUGCUCUUCUGGCUGACUGUCGCCUCUGUGCUGGCACUGACUGCUGCCACUGCGGCCACUAUCGUCCUGUCCCCUAGAUGCCUGGACUGGUGGCAGGAUGGGCCCAUGUACCAGAUCUACCCCCGCUCCUUCAGGGACAGCGACGGUGAUGGCGAUGGGGACCUGCCGGGUGUCCUGGAGAAGCUGGACUAUCUGGCCUCGCUGCAUGUGAAGACACUGUGGCUCACCUCCUUCUACAAAUCCCCUCUGAAAGACUUCCGCCAUGGCGUGGAGGACUUCCGAGAGGUCGACCCCAUGUUUGGGACAAUGAGAGACUUCGAGGACCUGGUGGCAGCAGUGCAUGACAGAGGCCUGAAGCUCAUCAUGGACUUCAUCCCCAACCACACCAGUGACAGGCACGCGUGGUUCCAGCUGAGCCGGAACCGCACCGGCAAGUACAGCAGCUACUAUAUCUGGCACAACUGCACCCAGGAUGGUGGCACUGUGCCCCCCAACAACUGGUUAAGUGUGUACGGUAACUCCAGCUGGCACUUUGACCCAGUGCGGAACCAGUGCUACUUUCACCAGUUCACAAGCCAGCAGCCCGACCUGAACUUCCGCAGUCCCCAUGUGCAGGAGGAGAUGAGUGACAUCCUCAGGUUCUGGCUCUCCAAAGGUGUGGACGGCUUCAGCCUCAACAGUGUGAAGUUUCUUCUGGAGGCCCAGCAUCUGCGUGACGAGCCCCAGGUGUACAGGAACCAAUCACCGGACACAGUGACCCAGUACUCCGAGUUGUACCACGACUUCACCACCACACAGGUGGGCUUGCAUGAUCUGGUACGUAGCUUUCGGCAGACACUGGACCAGCAGAGCCGAGAGCCUGGCCGCUACAGGUUCCUGGGGACAGAAGCCUCUGGAGAGAGUGUGGACAGUACCAUGAUGUACUAUGGACAACCAUUUGUGCAGGAAGCUGACUUCCCCUUCAACAGCCUGCUCAGCUCCCUGGACACACCCUCUGGGGGACAGGUGUCGCAUGCCAUCAUGACCUGGCUGCAGAACAUGCCAGAAGGAAAGUGGCCCAACUGGAUGACUGGCAGUCCUGAGCAGGCCCGGAUCAGCUCCCGCCUGGGGAAGGAGUACGUCAACCUUAUGAACCUGCUGGUCUUCACGCUCCCUGGGACCCCGAUCACCUACUAUGGGGAGGAGAUCGGGAUGGGGGACACUGAGGCCAUCAGCCUCAACGAGACCUAUGAUAAGAGCACUCUCUUUGCCAAGGCCCCCAUGCAGUGGGACAACAGCUCCAAUGCUGGCUUCUCAGGGGGUGUCCAGGCCUGGCUGCCCCCUGCUGACGACUACCUGACUGUCAAUGUGGAUGCACAGAAGAUGCAGCCAGGCUCAGCACUGCGCUUCUAUCAGGAGCUGGGCCAACUGCGGGCAGGUGAGCUGCUCCUCAGCAGGGGCUGGUUCUGCCCAGUGGUGGCCCAGGGCCCCUCGGUGGCGUUUGUGCGUGAGCUGCCUGGCAUGGACAGGGCCCUCCUCGUGGUCGGGCACUUCGGGGAGCCCACAACACUCAACCUGCAGGCCCUGGUGCCUGGCCUGCCAGCUCACGUGCGUGUGAGACUCAGUACCAGCCCUGCUAUGCAGGGCCAGAAGGUUGACACGGCUGCCAUCCCACUGACCCUAGGGGUGGGGCUCCUUCUGGACUACGCCACCAGCACUCUCUUGCACCGGGAUCCAGCCCUCAGCCACAGCUGCUUCAUGGCCAGCCAUGCCUGCUACUCCCCCAUGCUGGGCAUUCUACAUCGAUCCUGUUAGGGUGCUGCCCAGCUAGGUGCUGCAACUGCUAGGGUGCUCUGUACUGCUCCAUCCAGCUAGGGUGCUACUCCUGCACCCCUAAGCACUUUUCCUGCUAGGGGCCACACCACUAUUGCCAGAGUCCCUGUGACACCACACCCUGUAUUGCCUCUAGGAGGUCCCCGUGACACUAGGCCCUGUGCCCCUCCCCACAGCAUC